AUGUAUUUAUUGCAUCAUUCGAACGAACAGGUGUUUUCUGCGGCAAUUCGGAUGUGUAUAUGCAUCUUCUUCGCAAUUGCUAUCGUCUCUUCAGCUCGACUCUCGCUUUCGUUUUCUGAAAAUGAAGCGGGGAUGGUGAAAGGGAGGUCGCUGUUGCUGAGCACCAACGACUACGACGACCCGUCGGCCAAUGGCAGACAUGACCCGCCCGGUCGACGCGGCGGCGGGGGCGGCCGGAGAGGGUGAGAAAUACAGUAUAUAUAUGCCUCAUCAUUUCAAGAACUUGUUUCUUGUCCUUGACAUCAUAUAUCUAUGUAGAGCAAUAAAAACAAAAACCAAAAAAAAUCUGUAAUAUCAGAUUAAUAAACAAAGAAUAUAUUAAUGUCUAUGUGUGUUUAAUUUGGA